AUGGUUAACCCACCUCAACCGAGACAAAUGCCUAAAUCACCACGUAUUACAUCGUCGUCAGGCCCAACCCCAGUUCCAUUGGGUUCUCCGCGCAGUUCACAUCCACAAUUGCAUCAUCAAUCUUCAACCGCAUCCAAUAUUUCAACCACUUCAACUACAUCGACGAGUUCAACUAUAGGAGGUGGAGCAGGUGGCAGUGUUAGUAGUGGCACUGGAGGUCCUACUUCAUCUCCACCAGCAACCUAUCUCCAUCAUCAUCCUUCUCGUAAACCAUCAAUUGUUGAAAUGUUGAGUUCUCCACCACCUUUGCCAACAGAUCCUUUGGACUCAAUCCAUAAUUUCAGUUUAUCAAGACACGCUUCUACCAGUUCAAACAAAUCAUUUACUCAAUCAGGAUCAAAUGUUAUAGCGCCACCUCAACUCAGUGGUGCAGCAAAUGUCGGUUUAGAUUGGAGUGAAAUUCCAUUGACUGAAUUGACCGAAUCCAAUAAAUUGAUUAGCAUCCAUAGCUCUCUUUCUGUACAAGCUGCUUUUGAAACGUUACUUGACAACAACUUAACUAGUGUUCCUGUAUCUAUUUCCAAGAAUGAUCCGACUGAUUUAACCAAUUGUUUGACAUUUGAUUAUAGUGAUUUAAACACUUAUCUUUUGUUAAUCAUGAAUAAAGUGAAUUAUGCCGAUUUGAAUGUUGAAGAGAUCGGAGAUGCCAAAUCGAGUGCCCAAGAAAAACACGAUGUUGUUAUCCAAAACAUUAAUAAGGCGAAAAGAGGUGAAGAAGUUCCUGUUGAGUUUAUCAUCAAGUUGCAUCCAAAGAAUCCAUUCAUCAAGUUUAAUGAAACCGACACUUUGUUUUCUGUGAUGGAAACUUUAGGAAAUGGAGUUCAUAGAAUUGCUAUUGCUAAUGAAGAAGGAAACAAGAUCACCGGUAUCUUAUCUCAAAGAAGAUUGAUUAGAUACAUGUGGGAAAAUGCCAGAAGAUUCCCUUCAUUGGACUUUUAUUUGACAUCUACUUUACAGGACUUGAAGAUUGGAUCUACAAAUCCAAUCACCAUUUAUGAAGAUCAAUUGUUGAUUGAUGCAUUGCACAAGAUGUUUACCGAAAGAGUUUCCUCAUUGGCUGUGAUUGAUAGAUCAAGAACAUUGAUUGGAAAUAUUUCCAUUGUUGAUGUCAAGAAUGUCACCAGCUCCAAAAAUUCACAUUUAUUGUUCAAAUCAGUAUUGAAUUUCAUUAGUUACAACUUAUCACAAAAGGGAAUUGAAGAAGGACAAGAUCAAUUCCCAAUUUUCCAUGUUAAUUACCAAACUUCUUUGGGUAGAGUAAUUGCCAAGUUGGUCGCUACCAAAUCACAUAGAUUAUGGAUAGUUGAUUCAUCUCGUCAACCAAGUUCAGUUAGUAGUGCUAGUGGUCCUACAAAUGGAGUAAAUGUGGGUUAUGGUAACCCUGCUGAUGCUAAUGUGACAGACAAGGCUGAAAUUGCCGAUAGAAACAUUGAUGUUGCACAACAACUGCCUGUUACUCCAACUCCUUCUACCAUUGCCGCUGCCGCUGCCGCAGCAGCUUCUGCUACUGCCCCAACACAACCAGAGCCAACCUAUCAAACAGGUACUGGUAAAUUAGUUGGAGUUGUUACAUUAACUGAUAUCUUGGGGUUAUUUGCUACUUCUAAAGGAAGAAAAACUGAUCCACUUGCAGCCAGAAAUCAGAGAAGAAGAAGUUCCACCUCCACAACCAGAUCAUCGAUUGAAAGUGCAUUGAGUGCUGAAGGUAUCAUUCCUGGUGGAUCCAAUAAUGGACGUCGUGGAAGUGUUGAUGCUUCGAGCGAUGUUUUUAGAAAAUCAGUUAGUAAAUCAUAA